AUGACGCUGGCCGCGGACGCGGGCGAGGAACCCCCUCGCGGGGCGCCCGCGCAGGUGCCGUACAUCCCCGCGGCCACCAUCAAGACGCGGGUGACGAUCAUCACGGGCUACCUGGGCGCGGGCAAGACCACGCUGCUAAACCACAUCCUGCACAACAAGGGGAACAAGCUUUUCGCCGUGGUGGAGAACGAGUUCGGGGAGAUCAACGUCGACAACAGCCUGGUGGCCGCGAACCUGCUGGCCAAGGAGGACGUCGUUUCCCUGGACAACGGCUGCGCGUGCUGCUCCCUGCGCAAGGACAUCGUGCGCGUGCUGGCCGAGCUGGACAGGCGCGCCAUCGAGCGUGGCAGGCGCUUCGACACCAUCUUCAUGGAGACGACCGGACUGGCGGACCCACGGCCGAUCGCGUUCACGUUCUUCGCCAACCCGUGGAUAGCAGCGCGCUUCAAGCUGGACGCCAUUGUGUGUGUGAUGGACUGCGCCUUCGCAAUCAAGCACCUGAACAUGUUCACCAACCGCUUCCCGCCUGAGGAGACCACGGAGGCCGUCAACGAGGCGGUGUCCCAGGUGGCCCUGGCCGACCUGGUGCUGCUCAACAAGAGGGACCUGCUGCAUGGCAAGGAGGAGCUGGAGACCGUGCGCCGCAUCACGUUGGAGAUCAACCCCACGGCGUCCUUCCUGGAGUGCCAGCUCAACACGCCCGAGGGCCGGCCCGACGCAGACACCAUCCUCUCCGUGGACUCGUUCUCACUGCAGAAGGCGCUGGAGAUCGACUCGUCGUUCUUGGAAUCGGGAUCGGAGAGCGAUGGGGAGCUGUCGUUGAGCGACGGCGGGGAGGGCAAUGAGCCCAUAACCGGGGCCAAGAGAGCGCAACCGAAAGAGCGAAAGUCAAGAAAGAAGGUGCUGGAGAGAGAGCCCAAGAGACGGAAAAAAUUGAUGCACGACACACUUGGCAUCGGCUCUGUUGGCAUAACGGCCCGAGGGCCCCUGCACGAAUGGCGUUUCAACAUGUUCAUGAAGGAUUUCUUUGCAGAAAAGGCCAGGGACAUCAUCCGAAGCAAGGGUGUGCUGUGCAUCAAGGGUUAUGAAGACAAGAAGUUUGUGUUCCAAGGGGUGCACGACAACAUCGUCUUUGGCCCUUCACCAGAUGGCUGGUGUGAAGGGGAGGAGCGGAUCAGCAGGAUCGUCUUCAUUGGCAAGAAUCUUAGCAGAAGAGGCUUGACAGAUGCGCUGAGGUCGUGUGUGUGGGUGCCCCUUCCUGAUGGCUGGAGAGAAGAGAUGGAUGAGGAGAGCCGGGAGCCGGUGUACAUACACGAGUCUGGCAUGCGGCAGUACAACAUUCCUGACUAUGCGCCACCCCACCUUGAGGCAACAGAAUUUAUUUCCACUCGGCAGCCGCGCGUGCUGCUGCCGCCUUCCCCAGGAGGGGAGGAGUGA